GAGAAUAUUUUUUGCCAUUCUUUCCAACACGUUUAAAGAAUGUUAUCAAAAUAGAUAACGAUGCUGUAUUAUCAUUCGGCUAGCAGCUCGUGAAGUCGUGCUGGCGAUAACAAUUGCAUUAUAAUAAUAAGUUUUGGUUAGAAAUGCGCGUUCCCUGACGGUAAGGCUCGCCGUUUUUGGAGUCGUGUGUUUCGUUUAUUUCUGUAAAGGGCGCGCAAAUAUUAUGUAUGUUAUAUAACGAAUGUUGUUAGUUUAUCGCGAGUGAAUUAAUACUGUAAGAUGAAGGUGGUGGCGUUGGUGAGCGGUGGGAAGGACAGCUGUUACAAUAUGAUGCAGUGUGUAGGCGCCGGGCAUGAGCUCGUGGCCCUGGCGAACCUCCAGCCACAACACAAAGACGAGCUGGAUAGUUACAUGUACCAAACGGUGGGCCAUCAGGGUAUUGACCUCUAUGCGGAGGCCAUGGGACUGCCGCUGUACAGGGAGGUGAUAUCCGGCACUGCGGUAAGCCAGGGCAAGAUCUACAAGCCCACAGAUGAUGAUGAGGUGGAGGAUAUGUACAGGCUGCUUGCUAGGAUCAAGAGUGAGAUGGCUAUAGAAGCAGUUGCAGUUGGGGCCAUUUUGUCUGAUUACCAAAGAAUUAGAGUAGAAAAUGUGUGCCGAAGGUUAGGUCUAGUCUCUCUCGCCUAUUUAUGGCGAAGGAACCAAAAGGAACUUUUACAGGAAAUGAUAACUAGCAAUGUCGAAGCAAUUAUAAUAAAGGUGGCCUGCCUAGGGUUGGACCCGAACGUUCACCUAGGCAUGUCGAUCCGCGAAAUCCAGCCUCACUUACUCCUGAUGCAGGAGAAGUAUGGCUUGAACGUGUGCGGCGAGGGCGGGGAGUAUGAGACCUUCACGCUUGACUGCCCGCUCUUUAAGAAGCGGCUCGUCAUCGACGAAAAAGAACUAAUAGUCUGUUCUGACGACUCCGUCGCUCCGGCCGGUUACCUCAACCUCAAAAUGCACCUCGAACCAAAAGCCCAACCAACACCCAUCGAACUACCUCCCACUGUGAAAAACGCCUUAGACUACGUAAACGACCUUAGCGACACCGUGUUCAGCGACCUAAGCGACAUCGAGCUGAGCGAGACGGAGCUAGAAUCUAUUGAGAAGUUAGAAAAGGAGGAGAAGAAAAAGCACAAAGAACUGAACCCAUUGCUCAACACUCAAGAUAGCAUAGAUGCCGACCAGAAUGAUAGCGUAGAAAGUAUAGGUUAUAACUACGAUAUGCACGGACAUAGAGAUAUCCACCCAGUCUUGGACCAUAGUUCUAUAUAUGGUAAUAGCCACGGAUGGUACUAUAUCGGGGGGAUAGUCGGAGAAGGAGUGGACACGGCGCUGGCGACGAAGGAUGCUGUGAAAAAACUCAUUAACCUCCUAGACUCGCAAGACUUGCGUCUUGAAGACGUAUGCUCCGUCAACAUAUAUAUGAGAGACAUGGGCGACUAUGCGGCCCUGAACGAAGUAUAUGUGGACGCGUUCAACUUCGUCAACCCGCCGACCAGGGUGUGUGUGCAGUGCCCUCUCCCUGAUGACGUGGGGCUCAUAUUGGACGCUGUAAGUACUAAAAUACAAGAUAUAUGCUUCCUCAACAUAUAUAUGAGAGAUAUGGGCGACUAUGCGGCCCUGAACGAAGUAUAUGUGGACGCGUUCAACUUCGUCAACCCGCCGACCAGGGUGUGUGUGCAGUGCCCUCUCCCUGAUGACGUGGGGCUCAUAUUGGACGCUGUAAGUACUAAAAUACAAGAUAUAUGCUUCCUCAACAUAUAUAUGAGAGAUAUGGGCGACUAUGCGGCCCUGAACGAAGUAUAUGUGGACGCGUUCAACUUCGUCAACCCGCCGACCAGGGUGUGUGUGCAGUGCCCUCUCCCUGAUGACGUGGGGCUCAUAUUGGACGCUGUAGCGCAUAAGUCGAGCAGCCAGAACUAUGACCCCGACGGGAACUCGAAGGAACGAGUCACGAUGCACGUGCAGGGAAUCUCUCACUGGGCGCCGGCCAAUAUCGGACCCUACAGUCAAGCAGUUAAAGUGGGCGAAGUAAUCGGCACGUGCGGUCAAAUAGCCCUCGUGCCGGGCUCCAUGCAGCUGCUGGAGGGCGGCGCGCGGCGCCAGUGCGCGCUGGCGCUGCGCCACCUCACGCGCGUCGUGCGCGCCGUGUGCCCGCGCGCGCACAUCCGCAGCGUGGCGCAGAGUGUUUGCUACAUGACGCACGGCGGCAUCGCGAGCGAGGCGCGGCGACAGCUGGAGCGGCGCACGGCCGGCGCCAUCGUGCAGUACGCCGUCGUGGGCGCGCUGCCCAGGGGCGCCGCCGUCGAGUGGCACGCCUGGGCGCACACCGACAACAACCGCUUCGAGUAUGAAGAAACGGGUUGCAACGUAGGCGACUACAAAGUGGCGAUAACGAGGCGGUGGAACUAUGAGAACACCGUCGCGGCUUUCGUGUGCUACGUCGCAACAGGUUCAUCCCCCUCCACAUGCCAGCUAUCGUUCCCUAGCGAGGAAGCGUGCGUAUCGCACCGAGCGCGCGCGGCGCAGAUGACGACGGCCGAGAUAGAAGCUGUUCUGGAGUACGCACUGGGCAAGCUACUCCACGGUCGGCCCGAACCCACCGCCGUCAAGAUGAGGAUAUUCUACCAGGUGUGGAGCGCGCCGCCGCCGUCCCGCAUCCUGGAAGCGGUGUCCGGCGUGAAGGCGCGCGGCGCCGCGCUGGCGGCCGCCACCGCCGUGCCCGUGCUGGCGCUGCACAACGCCUUCACCUUCCUCUCCAUUAGCGGGCUGCGCUUCGACGAGUGAUCAGACAGAGUGUGCGGUUUUCUUCUCCAGAGAGAAUGCAGAUAUGCUUUAUUGCCAGUUUAUAAAAUAUAUUUGCUGAAUAUUUUCAGUGUUUAUAUGAAUUUUGUUAAUUAUGCUACCGAGUUUACGAUAACAUAAGUCAAAUUAUAUAAAUUAUUUUUAUUGCA